UCCACUCCGGUGACUAUAAAGUGUAAAGAUAAAUACGAUCAUCUCCACUGACAGCCGCCCCGGAACCAGCUGCCCGAGUGACGGUGACGAGAACGGGCCGCUAGCAGCAUCAUCCGUCACACCGGGCAGUACCGGGUGCAGCAACAGCAACAGUAGCAGUAACAACCCGUUCAAAACGUCCAGCAAAAUGAGGAUGAAACAUAAAUCGCCCUGCCUAAUGCUUCGGUUUAUGCCGACAGACAAACACGCCAUCCAUGGUCAGCACAAACGGCACAAAGAUAGUUGCGAUGAUUCAUCGAUCGCUUCCAGCACCCGGGUCCCACUGGCGCGCAGCUGUUCUAGUCCAGCAGUAUCAUACGACAUUGAAUCGCAUCCUGCAUCCCACGUUUUUCCGCAUCUGCUACUUGGCAAUGGCCGAGACGCAAUCGAUCCUUCGACUGUCGGAGCAAACUGCGUGCUUAACGUCACCUGUCAGCAACCAAGCGGCCAGCUGAAGCCAGGCCUCAAGUACAAACAGAUACCGGCCAGCGACACACCACAUCAAAACAUCAAGCAGUACUUCCAGGAAGCCUUCGACUUUAUCGAGGAAGCCAGGAAAAAGGGAUCAACUGUAUUGCUGCACUGUCAGGCCGGCAUUAGCCGCAGUGCCACGAUCGCGAUCGCGUACGUCAUGCGCUACAAGGGCCUGUCGCUGAUCGAAGCGUACCAGCUGGUAAAGCUGGCCCGACCAAUCAUUUCGCCCAACCUCAACUUUAUGGGCCAGUUGCUAGAACUGGAGCAGAACCUAAUAAAGGACGGCAAGCUGGAAGCGCCUCCACCGUCACCGACGAUGGCUGCCCCACCGACCAGCCAGCCACCAUUUUUUCUCAUCGAUAACUGCAGCAAGUACAACCCGCUGAACGAGGAGGAGAUGGUGGCCACACGCCGACAGUUACGCUGUGCGGCGGCCGCCGCAGCUACAACCCAAGACACCACCAUGCUCGAUGAGCGAGAUACACCUAUGGAUGGGGAUGCGGAUGAAGAUUGCAAAAACAACAACAACCGGGACAGUGGAUGUAGCGUGGCCAGUUCUUCCUCCUCUGCCUCGUCCAGCUCAUGCUCGUCGUCGUCCUCGUCUUCGGUGGGCUAUCGUGGCGGAUUCAAUGGUGGUCGCUUUUUGCCACCACGGUUAACACUGAAGCUACCAACAACACCGACGUCACCCCCUUCGUCCCCGUCGCCCCUAUCCGCGUCCUGCUCGUCUUCCGCGUCGUCAUCAUCGUCCUGCUGUUCGUCGUCCUCGCUAUCGUCCACACCCUCGCCGACACUUGCCAUAUCGCCGACCAUGGGUGUACCGAUCGCUGUAAGAAAAGCGUCCUACAGCGGACCAGUACCGCACCGACCAUCGAGUCUGGCAACGACCACCAACCAUACGAUAGGGGGUGCUUCGACAACGAUCGCCCCAUCUACAACAUCAACACCAUCAUCCUGCCACUCGUUUGACGAUCAUCGCAAUGCAAACGGUUCCUGAUGGGGUCGGAAAGCACAUAAAGCGUCCAAAAAACGCAAGAGAUAGGACCGGUG